CGAAGAGGCGGAGCAAUAAGGAUUCAACAUCAAAUUACUGAAAUGAAAGUGGAAGUUAGUCAAAGUAAAAUUAGAGCUGCAGACAGGUCAAUCUCCGUAUCUAAAGAAGAUUAAGAGGAAAUUUUUUUUCUCUCAACAACAAACUGGAAUGCAGCUUAAUCAUGGAUCCCUCAGUUGCACUGACAUCUCUUUGGGCCUCAUAUUCUAAAGUGAAAAAUGAAAAGCUAUAAAAAAGAAUCAACAGUAUGAAGCAAUUUCAUUUUUCAUGAAAUCAUGAUGGAACAGACCUCAUCUGGCUAUGAAACAGCUUACCUAAUUGUCCCAUUACCUGUGAGCUUCUGCAAAUGAGAGACAAGACUGCAGACAUGUUUGCUGCUAGUAAUCUGAAACCUGAAGAUCAGUUUCUGUGCUCCAUCUGCCUGGAUGUGUUCACUGAUCCAGUCACCACACCAUGUGGACAUAACUUCUGCAAAAACUGCAUCACCCGGAACUGGGACAUUAAUGUUAGGUGCAAGUGUCCCCUAUGUAACAAACUGUUCAAGAGACGACCUCAACUGGAAAUAAACACUUUGUUCUCUGAGGUGGUUGCUCAGUUCAGAGAUGAAGCUCAACAGAAUGCAAGCAGCAGCUCAGAGCAACAAGCUGCCAAACCAGGAGAAGUUCCCUGUGACUACUGCACUGGAACCAGACUGAGGGCCCUGAAGUCCUGCCUGGUGUGUCUGACCUCCUACUGUGAGACUCACCUAGAACCUCAUCUGACAGUCAAAGGUCUGAAAAGACAUCAGCUGAUUGAGCCUGUGGAGAACCUGGAAGGCAGGAUGUGUAUGAAGCACGAUAAACAUCUGGAGCUGUUCUGUAAGACCGAUCAGACAAGUGUCUGCACGCUCUGCUCUGUUUUAGACCACAAGACUCAUGAGUUUGUUCCUCUGAGAGAAGAAUCUGAAGAAAAGAAGACAGAGCUGAGGAAAAUGGAUGAUGAAAUUCAGCAAAUGAUCGAGAAGAGACGACAGAAGAUUCAGGAGAUCAAUGAGUCAGUGAAGAUGAGUAAAGAUGCUGCAGACAAACAGAAAACAGAAGGUGUUCAGAUCUUCACUGUUCUGAAGGAGUUUAUUGAGAAAGACCUGAAGAAGGUCAUAAAGGAGAUAGAAGACAAACAGGAAACAACAGAGAAACAGGCUGAAGAUCUCAUCAAAGAGCUGGAACAGGAAAUCUCCGAGUUGAAGAAGAGGAGCUCUGAGCUGAAGCAGGCCUCACGCUCUGAAGACCACCUCCACUUUGUUCAAAACUUUUCAUCUCUGAAAGCUGUUCCACCUACCAAGGACUGGACAGAGGUCAUCGUUCUUCCACCAACGUAUGAGGGGACUGUGAUGAGAGCUGUGGCUCAGCUGGAGGAGACACUCAAAAAACAUUUUAAGAAGCUGCUUGCUAAGGCUGAGCUGAGGAGGCUCCAGCAGUAUGCUGUGGAUGUGAGUCUUGAUCCUGAUACAGCACAUCCUGAGCUCAUCUUGUCUGAUGAUGGGAAACAAGUGAAUUUUGGUAAUGUGAAUCAGAGUCUAUCAGACAAUCCAAAGAGAUUCACAGUUUUUGCAAAUGUUUUAGGAAAGCAGGGUUUCUCUUCAGGCAGAUUUUACUUUGAGGUUCAGGUUAAAGGAAAGACUGACUGGAUUUUAGGAGUCGCCAGAGAGUCAGUGAACAGGAAGGGAGGAAACUCAGUAAAGCCUCAGGAUGGUUUCUGGGCUCUAUGGCUGAGGAACAACAACGAGUACACAGCAUGUACUGGCCCAGCAGCCGUUCUCUCUUUUCAGUCUGCUCCUGAUAAAGUGGGAGUGUUUGUGGAUUAUGAGGAGCGUCUGGUCUCCUUUUAUGAUGUGUAUGCAGCAGCUUUUAUCUACUCCUUUACUGGCUGCUCCUUCACUGAGAAACUUUACCCAUGUUUCAAUCCCUGUAAUAAUGAUAAUGGUAAAAACUCUGCACCUCUUGUGAUCACUCCUAUCAAUCGCAUUAACUAGACAAGAAAGGUUAUUACAUUUUAUUUGAAAGUGGUCUGUGAAAAGAUUGUAAUGCUGUUUUAUUGUUCUCUUUGACAACAUGUUUCUCAAUACUGAAUUUUCAUAAUUUCACACUCCCCCACAAUUACAUUUUUCUCCCUUUAAGAGGGAAAACAGGACGUCUAGUCUAGUGUCGUUUAAACCAAUGGAGCAAAAACAUUUAGGAAAUGUCCUUGUAGCCAAUCAGCCAAUCUGUAAUUAUGUCUUCAAUAAUGAUGUGUUUCAAUGCUGUCUCCACCAUAGGACAUGUUUUCUCAAUCAUCAUGUGCCUGUCUGUAUAUUUUUUAUAUAUAUGUUUUGUACACAGGUCUCUCUUGAAAAAGAGGGCUUGAUCUCAAUGAAAUUAUCUAUUUAAAUAAAAGAUUUAAUAAUGAUAAACAGACUUUCUUUACAUUAACAGGAUAAACCUUAAACCCCAGUCAGAGACAACAGUCAAUGGUUGUUACUUUCUUUGCACUCAGAUAAAUAGCAGCAUUGAUGCAUCAAAAAAUGUAUUGUAUAUUAUAUAAAAUCUUAUACUCUAUAUAUCACAUGUAUUAUAAAAAUCAUUAUUAUAACACGUGACUUUUCUUAUGUCCCUUGAAAUACUGUUUUUAAGAAAAAUCAUGACACAGGUGACCUGAACCUUUGUGUAAUAUCUAUUAGGAAUAAUAUAUUUCCCCUAUUUUAUUCAGGGGAAUCUAUGAUGGUCGAGAUGGAAGUAUUUGAUGACCUCUCAUGAAAUGACCCAUAAGAACAAUUUCAACAUUUUCUGCAUCAAGAAAUGAAUGCUUGCAAAUUCCACUGUUAAUGUAGUUUGCACUGCUGUAACUUUACAGUAGGUGUUCAUUGGCGGUGUUAGUACAUUAAAGGACAUUAAAGAAACUGAUGGACAUUAUGGACAAUGCCAGGCAU